GUAUGAUCAUUUUAAACGAAAAGUGACGAACAAGAUCGGAAUUAAAGUUUUCUAUAUGAAAUAAUCCCCAAUGGGAAAUAGAUGCACCCAUGGACGAUCCAGCAAAGAAAUUCUAGAUUAUGAAGAUUCGGAUAUGGGGAUAUCCAGAUUUGUUGCACUGUUAUUAAUGAUUUUGGGAUACACAAAACCUGGAAAAUCUUCUCCUUUACGCCCCAUCUGUGAUAUUAGAGUUAUGGAUCAAUAUAUUAAAGAGGCAAAAGAUGCUGAAAAUGCUAUGAAAGGCUGUAAAGAAGAAUGCAUCCUCCCAGAACCACUUACACUUCCUGUAAUGAAUCUAAACUACAUGGAAUGGGAAUCAAAAGAUAACAAGAUAAAAGAGGAGGAAGUACAAUCGGGGCUCUCACUGCUAAAACAAGCAAUUCUCACAGCCAGAGACAAAGUGGCAAGUAGUGUUCCUUUGGAAUUCAUAGAAGCAGCCUACAGAAACAUUAGGAAUAUUGGACAGAUCCUUAAAAGUUUAAAUAUUCAGGAAUUCACCAGUCCAGUGUCACAACACAGCAAAACUAUAGCUGUCAGAACUCUUAGUGAACUUUUUCGUGUUCAAGCAAGUUUUUUGCGUGGUAAAGUAAGGUUGCUUUUGAUUUCUGCUGAGGCAUGCAGGAAGGAGAAAAGCUGAGAGGCAGCAACCUUGGUUAAAAUCAUUCCCUGGAAUGGACACAGAGCUGCACAUAGACAGUGGUGGACUAUGCAACCUGUUGAUUUAAUCGUUCAUCUGGAAAGGUCAAAUAACAGUGUUAAGAAGUGAAGUAUUUUCUCACAUAGCUGGGAAAAUAUACUGUGGUCAUCCUCAUCCUGUCACAAUGGAAUCCACACUGGAACCUUCUGGACACACAGCACAAGAAAAGCCUGAUUGUACAGGCAGCCAGAUUUGCAGGAAGCCCAAAUAUCUCUCCUAUCACUUGGAUUUGGACUGAAUGGAAUUAAUUGGGGGUGGGGGGGGGGGGGCUGGGGGUGUUCGGGUUGGGGUUGGUGAGUAAAAAACUGAUUUGUGAACUUUUUGUGUUUUUUUUUUCUUUUUAGAUAACAUUGUAGCCAGUCUAAAUAUUGGCUAAUGUUGCCUCACAUCCUAAAACUCUGCAUAAGCAUGAGAAACUUGGUUUUGUUAUGGCAAAACAAACACAGCCUGUUAAAUAGGAAUUUUAAGCACUUUUUAUUUAUUUAUAUUUAUAUUUGCAAUUUUACUAAUAGAUCUUGUGUUACUUUAAAGGACAGAAUAUGAAUUAAAUAUACAUUUAUUUGUGUGAUCUGUGACCAAGCUUGGCCAUAUACAUAUUAAUAAAAUAUUUUCACUGCAUUCUAGAGUCCUUAUGUUCCAUUUUAAAAGGGCUAUAUAUUGUUUAUUUUUACAAUUUUUUGAUAAUGUUGGAUUAUUUUACUUUUCAAAUUUUUGGCUAUCAACAUCAAAUGGAAAUCUAAUUUCAGAUAUCUGCUGAAAGUAAAUACAUUUAAAAAAUCUUCUAAAGUACAGGUAUUUAAUUCACUAAAGAAGACUGUUUCCUCCUUCCUUUCUAUCAAAAUAGGUUACAGCGAUCCACUGGUAAUACAAUAGUCAAAGAAAAGCUUGUACUUACUUAUUAUGUAAAUGUUCAGACAAUAUUUUUAAAAAUACAAUCUUUUCACAGAGGGCAUUUUUAUUAUUUACAUGGCAGCAAAUGUUUGGGCUGUGUGUAAAUGAUUUCUAUAAUUGUAGUUACAGUACAUCUUCAUAGUAUGUAUUAAUGAUUGUACCAUAUGCCUUUCCAGCUUUAAAAUGUGGCACACCAAAGGUACUUUGAUAUUCUCUAAUUACCUUUAAAAAGGUAUUCUCUCUUGUGCCUAUUGGUCUUUUAAUAGCACUGGUAAGAAU